ACAGGUAGAAAAAGAAACGAACGAAACAAAACAAAACGCCGACCAAAGAGAAUUCGAAAAAUAUUUUUUCCCGAAAAUAUUCACAAACGAACUUGAUUUUCAUCAGAGUGGACACUCAAAAAAAUUUACCGUUGCCCAUUUAUUUUACAAGCUUGGCUAUUAAAACAGCAAAACGGGACUUGAUCAAAUGGGAAAAAAUUGAGUGACGUGGAAACGAGUCAUAAUUAGACUAAUAUGCGAUUCAAGUGUAACUCUAAGACCGCAUCAUUUAAACAACUGUUUUAGGAUGCAAAAGUAAACGAACUCCGACAGGAAGAUGAAGACUAUCAACGGCACAUCAAACAAAAAUUAGGGUUAAAUGUCGUUGACGCUACCUAAUACUACAAACAAACAAGCAAUAAACACAAAAAAAUGCAGACGAUCGAAGAACCGCAAAACUAAAAUGAGAGAAAGAUAGAGAGAGAGAGCGAUAAACAAAGCUAGAGCGCCGUCAACAAAACGAGAGCGUGGUCAACGAAAUGACAGCCCGGCACUACCAACACUCACAGAGCUUCAGCGCAAGGCGUGGCGUUCCACUUCGGAUGUAUUCGGACAACGCCAACAACUUCAUCGGGACAAACAACCUACUCAAGGAGCUACAGAUGGAGUUCUCGAAGCAGCAGGAGAAACUGCAGUUGUUCGCGUCGGAGCUGGGGAUGGAAUGGCACUUCAUCCCUCCUCGAGUCCCACAUUUCGGAGGGCUGUGGGAGGCCGCGGUGAUAUCCGUAGCAUCUCCUCGUCCGGCAAAUGGCCAAAGCGUGGUCAGAGCUCAUCUGGCAGAUGUCGUGGCCAUUCUCAACUCGCGACCUCUCACUCCACUCAGCUCCGAUCCCAACGAUGGCGAGGCUCUAACGCAAGGAUCCGUGCCAGACAGGCCCAACAAAGAGCUGACGUAUUUGCGAAGGUGGCAAAUGUUAUCCACGCUCAGACAGCGGUUUUGGCUCGCGUGGUCGAAGGACUACAUCCACAACCUCCAAAUCCACACCAAAUGGAAGUCUCCACAGCCCGGCUUGGAGGUCGGAUGCCUCGUCCUGGUUCACGAGGACAACACGCUACCUCAGCGGUGGAUAACUGGAAGGGUCGCAGGCGUAACCCGAGGAACAGACGGCCAAAUACGGGUGGCCGAAAUUAGAACGGGCACUGGGAAAUUCAAGCGCCCAAUCCACAAAUUAGCACGGUUGCCAGUAAUUUGAAAUCCCACGUCGGGUAUUCCAAGGUGGCCGGUGUUAAAUCAAGCGCCUUGUCCACUGUAAGCCUGCUCAGCCUAACUGAGCAGUUACAUUUUUUUCUCAAUCUUGCGCUCUUCUUUUUCUUAUUGUUACAUUUUAGUUAUAAGCUUUCGCUCAUCUUUUUUUCCUUUAACUAAUAGUGUCGGAAUAACCGGCAAACAAUAA